GGCGCCUGAGCUCUCCAACGGCUGCGCGGGCGCGGCGGGUUCGAAUCGCCGGUGCCGCCAGAAGCCGGCGGAGCCGGUCGGGGCCGUGCCGCAGGGAUCCGGUCUCUUCUUCAGCACCCCGAGCGAGCCGGCUCCGGUCGGCGCAGCGUGUGGUGAUGGAGCACAGGGUGUCCUCAGGCCUGGAAGAUUUAUGCCUUCACAUCAACAAGAAGAUUUCAAAAAUUAAAAAGACUCUUAUUUUAAGAAGGAUAGGUCGAGAGCCAUCCCUCAGGUCUAUGUUCUCUAAAAUAGGAUGUGAGAUAAUUCUUUUGCAUGGUCUCCUGAAUAAAAUGGAAACAGAAGUUGAAGAACAAGAAAAACUGAAGAAUUUGCUAAAAAGGCUCCAGAAGUCAGCUGAGAGAGAUCUACGUAAAGCACUGUACCUCCGUGAACACAUUCCUCCCCAUCUGCCUAAACUGACUCGGAGCUGCAUCGCUGGUCUGACUGUGAAAUUUAAAGAACAAACAGAAGUUGUAAAACCCAAACAUGCAAAGAAACCUACAGAAGAGCCAAGACUUGCUAAAAAAGUACCCUUAGUCACUGUGGAAGAAUUUGAAUCUGUUCCUGCGUAUAUGAAAGGUCGUUUAACAUGUGAUCACGUUAAUGCAGUUGUUGAAGCGAUGAACAAGGCUGUGGUGUGCAAAUACAAGAUCUUGGAUCAGCCUUUGAAAUCUGUGAAUGGAGCAGUAAGAAAACUCUACCACAGGUUCCUGGAAGAAGACACAAAGGAUACAAAAGGUGCAUUUUUUAUUGUGGAGGCUGAUAUCAAAGAGUUUAACCAACUGAAAGUGGAUAAGCGCUUCUAUAGGAUCAUCGAUAUCCUGCGCCACUGCCAGAGAUUGAGAGAAGUCCGUGGCUCAGGACUUGUACGCUAUGUGAUCUGCUAAGAAGCUUUCUGUACUCUGCUUACCCAGGACACGGAAGGCAGAAGUAUUUUGAGAUGCAGAGAUAUUUUGUUGUCUGUAGAGCGAUUCUAUGUGUUGGUGUUCUAUCCAACUCUCUUAUUUUCUAAAAGGCAGGAGUGAGGACCAAGAAGGGAUUUUCAGACAUCUAUCCUAAAUUAGGGGUGGUGGUAUCAAAUGGCUUUGAAGUAUUUGAGUUUUGUUUUGAAAACUUGAGAGGAACGACUGCCUCUUGGAAAAUUACAAAUGCAAACCAGAUUGGCAAUUGGUGCACCUGUAGUCACAGGCAGUUUUAAUCACGUUUUCAGGUCAGCGCUUCAAAGUUUAAUUCUCUGCAUGUUAGUAAUGUUCCUUUGUGUUUAUGAGUUGGAGACUGUGCCUAAGGCUCUGUAGCUACUCAAAGGAAGCAUUUGAUUGUUUUCUUUUAAUCCCUCAAACCAAUUUCCAGAUUUCCUUUUCUUAAUCUUUUUCUUCUUAUCCUAAUUAUAUGUUUUGGUGUUUCCUGCAUUGCUUGAACAGGAGGAUCUGAAGUGGUUUAAACAUUUCCAGACUGAUGAUUGGUAGUUCUGUUCGCCAUGUGGUUUUCAUACUUCAUCAUGCAGCCAGAUUUUUUCCCCCAGACCAACCCGUGAGACUGGGACAGUAGAGCAGUGGGAUUUUGUAAGUGAAGCUGUUACUUUCACUUCGAAAAUACUGGUCAAACUUGCCACAGUUUUUAUUAUAGAAGGUUGCUUUCAAAUGACCUAUUAGUGUAGUAAGUUCCAGAGUAGAAUUACUGUGAUAAAUAUCAACUCUGCAAGUAAUCAAAACUUUUGAUAAGAAAAGCUACAGUCUUUUUCUUCUAUGAGCCUGUAUCUGCUGCUGUCCUAACUUCUAAUCUAAAAUAACUCCUCCUGUCAGUAUUAAGAUGACAAUUUAAUGAGCAGAAGACCUUGAAUGAACUUUGAACUUUCUCAGCAAAGAGGUCCUGGUGAGUGCUAAACAAUCCUAGAUUCCCAUUUUUGUGUGUAGAGGGUUUUUUUGUUUGUUUUUUUCGUCUUCUGCUCUGGGAUGUUGAGAUCCAAGUUGAGGUAUCCACUCUGCAUCAUAUUGCAGUGUAUUUCAUGUUCAGGUGCAUGCACAGCAUAGGAGCAUGUGCAAAACCAGUUUCUAUAGGUGGCAGAUGAGUCCAUCUGAUCUUUUGCAAAGCUCAUUUUAUAUUAAAUAAUAAGUGUAGAGGUUUGGGUCCGUGGAUCAUCAGGUCCUUUUUUGUUGUUGUUUUGUGGUUGUUUUUUUUUUCCGUUUUGCCCAGCUUCAUGUACUCUGAAGAGUCUUUCAAGAGUCAGGACUGGCAAUAUCAUUAAGACUAUCGUGACUUAAUAAAAAGAAAUUUCCUCAUAAA